UUCACACAAACAAAGGACUUAGAAGCCUUGCCUACAUAGUCACACGCACAUCUUGUCUUGCAAGUUUCGUUGCAAACACUCUAUUGCUGUCUUACUUAUCUAGAGUUUCUACUCUACUACCACUGAUAUCCCUACCAUCACUCCACCUCUUACCACACUCUACCCACAAUGGCCUCCUAUAACACGCAGUACUACGACACGGCGGCGAUGCCCAUCCCGUCCAAGGCGGAGCAGUACCAGCAGUACUACCAGAGCGGUGGCAGCAACUAUUCGGUCUCUCCUACAGAAGAUGACCAGCGGGAGCGCGACGCCUCCGUGACUUCCGGUGUACCAUCCUACGGCGGCAGCACUAGCAACGCCGCCAGCUACGCUACCAGCUAUGCGAGCGGCGACUACUGCGACAGCAACCAGAGCGGCGGUUCCGCCAGCGGCGUUGACUUCAAUGACUACAUGCAGAACCGGUUUGACGAGUCCUUCGACCCUAUCCCGUUGGACCGGAGCUUGGCCCGUCAGGCGCAAACUUCCGGCAAACUCAACAACAAGCACCGCGAACUCCUGGAGAUGCAAGCGGCGGCGCAAGCCCGCCUCGCCCGCUCGCGCGCCCGGUUCCAGCAGGGCCUGAACGACGCGCGGGAGGUGCACGCGGAUCUGGAGUGGACGUCCAAGAAAGUCUCUUCCCUAAAGAAGAAGGCGGAGAAGAAGCACUCCAAGGAGUACGAGAAGGCGCGCGAGCGAUACCCGUCGCCCGACUACUAAGCUCCCUAACACAAUCGUUCGCCCUGUGCCCUGAUCUGGUUCGCGCGCUCCGUACACAUAUUUGAGCCGCAUCUAGAGGGUGGCGACGCGAUAAUCUGCGCAUCAUUUCCGCCGGUGAGCCUCAGCCGAAAAUAAGGGGGCUCAUCGGAAAGAUUUUCCUGCAUUACACACAUACACACGCGCGCACAAAACCUAAC